ACCCUUAUGUUGUGUUGAAUUGCACAACCUACAGGCAGUAUAAAAUAUUUGCUCUCCAAUUCCACAUAAAGAACUUCAGCUUUCUCAGGAAACCUGGAGCUCUUUGAAGCCAAGCAUUCCACAAUGAAGAGCUUUCUGGCUUUCCUUGUUGCAAUGGGCAUCACAGUGACCCUGGGUGAUGCAUACUGCUGGAGUAGAAUUCACAAGCCAGGGGAGGCCAAAGAUGGCUGUAUGAUCAAUGGAAAACUGUAUCCCUUUGGACGCAUUGAGAGGACAGAAGAUUGCUACACAUGCGGCUGCAGCGAAGGUGGAAUGGAUUGCUGUUCCCUCUUUCACACUCCUGUUGCUUACGACAAAAAGCAAUGUAAAGUUGUUUUCAACAAGAAGCGCUGUGACUAUGAUGUGGUGCAGAAGAACAACCCCUCACAGCUGUGUUUUGUCUAUUCUCGUGUGGGCUAACAUCUGCUCCAAACCUCUCUGCAUUGUGGAAUUCCUCUCCUUCCUACAGAUGCUUUGCCACCACAGAGAAGCACGAUGGCAUGGGAAAAUCUCAUAAAAGAGAGCACUUCAGUAGCUGCCUUCUGUUCUCCUAAGUUUUGUAAUUCAGCUUACCAGAUGCAUAAUCAGAUAGAGUGUCUCAUUUCUAUCAAAAGGUCAUAUUCGUGUUCUUAAUAUUAAUUGCUAAGACUUUGUGCUUUAAGUGAUUUAUAGAUGUUUAGUUAACUUUUAAAUUAAGUAGGAUUUCAUUCUACAA